UGUUCUCAUGACAUUUCAAACAUAGCUGGGCAUGCGCACAAUAGAGCAUUGUAUGGGGCUAACAUGGUUGACGUUGUAUGUUGUCUUGCUGACGUAAAAGAAAAGCUUUCUAGUUAUGUGCUUUACCAUACAUGCUGCUUAUACCCAGUUGGAUUUUCAUUGUAACAGAUGGAAAGCUUGUUCAGAUAUAUGUAUUAGGUACCCCUUUGAGUUUUCCACCACUUCUCGUAUUAUGUUCACUAUAGCAGUACUGAUAAAGAAUUUACUGCUGUUAACCUGGCUGCAUCGCAUAUGAUACGCUUCGGGUGGAUUUGAAGAAAUUUUAUUCGGUUUUACGUCGAUUCGUAGUCCAUUCAACAGACGAGUGUCAAAUAAGACGAAGGUUUUCAAAUCUGUGUAAGGAUAAGUAUAUCUGAAUGAAUUAAUACUGAUUUUUUAUUGGUUCAGCUUGACGAUAUAUAGCGAGUAAACAUUAAAAAAAUACUGUGAAAUGAUUCAUAUGAAGUAUAUCUACAAUAUGCUACAAUAUGGUUGUAGUUAAAGUGUGCUACGGAAAAGCAACAUUGUGUUUGAAAUAAAAAGUUAAAGUUACUUCUGAUUCACUUCACAUUACUAAUACAAACGUAGAUGUUGCUGGCAGAUUUGCGUCAAAAUACACAUAAGAAGCUGUAUCGUCAUCGUUGACGUUGCCCUGCACCGUGUCAUUAGAGCUGGCAAAGUCACCAGAAUUCAGAUUUGAGGAAAUAGUCCGAAGAAGUUUUGUGAGAAGUGUGCGUGGCUAAGAUAUGGUGCGGAAAGCAUGUUAUUGUUUCGCGGGUAUAAUGCUCUGCUGCUUAGUGGUAUCAGCGAAAGGAAAAUCAACGUCUGGCAAUGUUUUCACUAGUUCAUUCUUGGUAAAAUUCAAACGCAAUGUGGAUAACCAGCAGGCUCAUGAAAUCGCUGAUCGCAAUGGAUUUAUCAAUCUUGGACCGCUUGCAGGAAGCGCUGGGCGAGAGUUUCAUUUCAAACAUGCGGCACUACCACAUGCCAGAACUCGUCGAAGUAUAGCCCAUAUGAGGGUGUUAAAAAAGGAGGCUUUGGUAAAUACUGCUGUACAACAAGUUGGUUUUAAACGUGUCAAACGAGGGUUACGUGCUGCAAUUCCGUCAUCAUACGUAGUAGACACUUCUGAUCCUAACGUAGGAAAAGCACCAACAGACCCGUACUUCCCACUGCAAUGGUAUUUACGAAAUACAGGACAAAAUGGAGGAAAACCUCGACUAGACUUGAAUGUGCAAGCUGCCUGGGACCAAGGAAUUACUGGAAAAAAUGUAACGACUGCUAUUAUGGAUGAUGGUGUCGAUUAUAUGCAUCCAGAUUUAAAAUUUAAUUACAACGCGGAAGCAAGUUACGACUUUAGCAGCAAUGAUCCGUACCCCUACCCGAGGUAUACAGAUGACUGGUUUAACAGCCAUGGAACGCGUUGUGCGGGGGAAGUGGCCGCUGCACGUGAUAAUGGGAUUUGUGGAGUAGGCGUGGCAUAUGAUUCCAAAAUUGCCGGAAUUCGCAUGUUGGAUCAACCUUAUAUGACUGAUCUUAUCGAGGCAAAUUCCAUGGGUCACGAGCCUCACAAGAUUCACAUCUACAGUGCAUCGUGGGGACCAACGGAUGACGGCAAAACUGUGGAUGGGCCUAGGAAUGCUACUAUGCGAGCUAUUGUUCAAGGUGUUAAUGAGGGUCGUAAUGGGUUAGGGAAUAUUUAUGUGUGGGCCUCUGGCGAUGGUGGCGAGGAAGACGAUUGUAAUUGUGAUGGGUAUGCAGCAUCAAUGUGGACGAUUUCAAUUAACAGCGCUAUCAACGAUGGACAGAAUGCCCAUUACGAUGAAAGUUGCAGUUCCACCUUAGCUAGUACGUUUAGCAAUGGUGCAAAAGAUCCUAAUACAGGCGUGGCGACCACCGAUUUAUACGGCAAGUGUACAACAACACACUCUGGUACGAGUGCGGCAGCUCCCGAAGCUGCCGGAGUUUUCGCUCUUGCCCUAGAAGCAAACCCUUCACUAACAUGGCGUGACAUUCAACACCUUACUGUAUUGACAUCAAAGCGUAAUUCAUUAUUUGAUGCCAAAAAUCGUUUCCACUGGACUAUGAAUGGAGUUGGAUUGGAAUUCAAUCAUUUAUUUGGAUUUGGGGUGCUUGAUGCAGGCGCCAUAGUUUCCCUGGCGAAGAAAUGGCGCACCGUGCCACCUAGGUACCACUGUGAAGCAGGUGCUAUUAUGGAUCCUCACCCUAUUUCAUCUACUGGUUCGGUGAUAUUGCGCAUUAAAACGGAUGCCUGCCGAGGAACUGAUACUGAAGUUCGCUAUUUAGAGCAUGUUCAGGCCGUUAUCACUGCAAAUGCUACUAGGCGGGGCGAUUUGGAGUUAUUUGUAACAUCUCCUAUGGGCACAAGGUCCAUGAUACUUAGCAGAAGAGCAAAUGAUGACGAUCACAGAGAUGGAUUUACGAAAUGGCCCUUCAUGACGACCCAUACGUGGGGAGAAUAUCCCAAAGGAACUUGGCUACUAGAGGCUACAUUCAACUCAAAGGAACCACGCUCAGGAUGGAUAAAAGAAUUUUCAUUGGUGUUGCAUGGUACGAAAGAUCCUCCGUACAGGAUGCUGUCUCCGGCUUCUCCGCAUUCAAAGCUGGCUAUCGUCAAAAAAGCCCAUGAAGACCAAGAUAAAAUGUAAAAUGCCAUUUGGCAUGCAAACGGUUCAAACGCAUUAUACUACAGUAAGACGGGUGAAAUCUUCUUAUACUGUCUGUAAUCGCAUGACUGCCCCAUAUAAAUAGGAAAUUAAACCAAAAUGUGUCAGAUAUGAAAUAACAAGCAGUAUAAAACGGACAUGACGAGUUGAAACAUAUAAUUCACAACCCAAAAGUAAAAGCAAAUCGAUCACUCUUGAUCACAAAUGUUAGAAAACUACUAUCUCUGGACUAGUGUACCCACUUCAGAAAGGUAGACCAGAUUAGGUUUCGUGAUUACUGAUGACAUUUUUCAUUUUAUUUAUUUAUUUAAGAUCCUAAUGUACUUGUACCUAGACCAACCCCUGAUUGAUAGAUCAAAUAUUGUUGUAUUCAUUAAUCAUUGUUCUGUAGUAUCAGCUAUUUUCUAAACUCUCCUUCCAUUAUACAAAUAUUUGAUAAAAGUCGAAGCAAUCAUUGUUACGAAUACAAACAUGUAUCGGAAAAAUGAUUAUCUGGAAGCCAAUUUCGGGUAUAAAAGAUAUGACCAUUUGACCGAUCCCCUGGUAUUUUGCGCCUUUUUGUUAUAACUCAGUCCAUUGCAAUACCAAUUGAACUAUUUUUUGCACACUACGAGAUACGGCAAACAUAGCUGUUUUUCGUCUCGAAAAAAAAACAUUAUCACCUAAUAUUAGUAAAACGAUUACUAAGUGGCGGUAGUGCGCAAACGUCAAACGUUGAAAAAUGACUGAGUUAUAGUGGAAAGCGCUCAACAUAGGGCACCCUUCCCAUAUGGUCCCACACGAUAUGUAAGUAGAAAUUGUAAUGAUUUUACAUUGUUUCAUCCUUACAAACGUUUAAAAAAUAACCGUAGCAAAUAAUUGAGUAUUAUUUCAUUCCAAUUGUAUCUUAUUGAUUAUUCUUAUUUGUUCGGGUUCCUAAAAUGUCGCUUCAAUACAGUAUGUAAUACUGAGAAACUCUCAUUUCAUUUGUUUUAGCUAGAUAAUGCCAUAACAAUAUUGCAUUACAAUAAAGAUAAAUUGAGGUUUCUCAACAAAUACUUUCAUCGACGAACAAUGGGGCGCGUUCGAUUCGAUGAAGUACUAGAUUCGUAGUAAUAAGCUGAAAUUUUGUAUGGUGAGAAGUUAAAUUCUCCGGGUAUCUGACUUCUUGAGUAUUAUUUCAUUCCAAUUGUAUCUUAUUGAUUAUUCUUAUUUGUUCGGGUUCCUAAAAUGUCGCUUCAAUACAGUAUGUAAUACUGAGAAACUCUCAUUUCAUUUGUUUUAGCUAGAUAAUGCCAUAACAAUAUUGCAUUACAAUAAAGAUAAAUUGAGGUUUCUCAACAAAUACUUUCAUCGACGAACAAUGGGGCGCGUUCGAUUCGAUGAAGUACUAGAUUCGUAGUAAUGAGCUGAAAUUUUGUAUGGUGAGAAGUUAAAUUCUCCGGGUAUCUGACUUCUUGCCUAGUUUGUACGAAGUACGAAGAAUUUACCUUCUCACCAUAUAAAAAUUCAGCUCAUUACUACAAAUCUAGUACACUGAUAGUUUUCUAUUGAAACAAAAUGUAAACAAUAUCGGCAAGUAUGUAAACAUUGAGGUAAAAAAAUACAUUCCUAUUCAAAUUUGCAAACAUAAAUGCAGGAUUCUUAACUGCCGCCACUCGCAUAACAGUCCCAUCUUUGCUGACUCAAUGCUCAAUGCUGAGUUUCCUAUUCAUAUGGGACUGUUUUGCGAGUGGGUGCAGAUAAAGUAUUAACGAAAUAAAUCUGCUAUGUGAGCAUGGCAUACGAUUACGUCUAACAGAACAGUAAUAUUAUAUAAUAGCCCAUCUUACGGAAACCAACAUGUGACGCAUGAGCUUAAAAUAAUAAAAGAAACAGAAGUAAGCAUAAAGGAUAAUAGUAUAUGUACUAAGCUGCAAAACCAUUUUUCCAGUAGCACUACGCCUUGCCAUUUUACACGUUUUUAAGGAUGACACAUUCUACGGUAUUUUUUUUCUGAACAAUUAUUUAAGUUAAGUUCAACUUAAUUAUCCUUUUUUUCUUUUUGAAAACGCAUUUGAGUACAGCAUAUAUUCAAAUUUAUUUUUCUACAUACUUUAGUAACUUUUAAUUUUCUGCUUCAAUUUGGAUAUUGAGAAGACUUGCAUUGUACACAAAACAUGCAAAAUAGCAAAAAUAGCUAUUAUAUUCUGAAAAUUUUACUACCAGAAUAUAAUAGCUAUUUUAAAACAGAAAAUGUAUAUAAAACUAUUAAUAAAACUGAAAAUAUCAAGAAUAUAACAGUAGACUGUAGAACGUGCAGCUCAGCGUCGGUAAAAAUCUACUUGAAAUCAUAAAUCGAUGACUAGGGAAGUGGAACUAUUUCGGCAGGGGUCCUAUUUUGGGCACUUUUCUGCUAUAACUCAGCCAAUUCUGAAUCAAUUGAGAUGAUAUACGUAUAGUAUCUAGCCAACAACAAAAUUUCAAGCCAAUUGGUUCGGAAUUGACUGAGUUGUAGCGAAGAGUGACCAAAAUACCGGCCGCUGCCCGAAUGGUUCGCUACCCUACAUUAUUGAAUUGUGUUAUUCCAGACUACAUCGCAAAUUGGACUAUCACACUUUAAAAAGUGUGAUAAAAGUGCGCAUUUGCCUCGGAUCGUCUCGACGUCUUCGGUGCACUUAUUCCUCUAUUUACAAGGAAUAACUGCACCGAAGACCUCAACUCGAUCCGACGUAAUCACACUUUGAAGGUUUGUGCACACUAUUGUGUCAGUCCAAUUUGGAGUGCAGUCUACUUUUUAUUCAGGUUCUGAUCAUUCAAGUUUUCAUUAAACAAUGUUUCUUUAUGCUGGAAAGAUUAUUCAUGAUUUCAAGUAUCAUGUAGGGUCUGGAAUCAUUUGAGCAAAAGCACCUAUUUUGGGCACUUGCUGCUAUAACUCAGUCAAAUUAAAACCAUUUGAUAUGAAUUUUUGUACAUGGCUAAAUACUGUGCGUAUUACCGUAAGGUACACCGGGGCAAGUUGAAAUGGAUGGGGCAAGAUGAAACAGCGGGUUAACAUGAUGUUAUCCAAUGAUGGUAAACAGCUUGAAUGCCAUAACACAUAGUUUUUAAUUGAAAUAAUCUUUCGGCGAAGGGAAAAUUUCCAAAUUGUAUUUAAAACUAUUUCAAAACUUCGCGUUUCAACUUGCCCCGGUGUACCUUACUCCAAUCAAAUAAAUUGAUAGAUCAUUGGUAGUCAAUACAUUGACUGAGUUACAGUGCCCAAAAUAGGUGCUCCUGCCCAAAUGGUCUCAGACCCUAUAGUGGAAGUGGAACAACAUUUUCCGGAAUUUCAUUUCUAGGAUUGUUCAGUUUUCUUGAUAGUGUCUAAAAGCGGCUUCCUGAAAAAAUAUGUAAUUGCUUUCCGGAAAAUGGAAUUCCAAAAAUGGUGAAACUCCUUACGUAUUUAGUGAGACCUUAUAUUUGUUCAUCAUCAGCAGAUGCUAUCAAAUCGCUCAAAUAUAAUUCCAAAGAUAGAAAUUCUCGAACAGUGAAUGAAGAAGAAUCAAUAAAAUGACAUAAUACCCACAUGUAGUAAAAAGGGCUUAUAUACAACAUACCUUAUGAUACCUUUCUACACCAUUUGUGUUUUUGGGGGGCCAAACAUAUGUUACACAUUAAAUCAUUAUUUACUAUAGUUUUUUUUU